UCUGAUGAGCCGGACGGUCUCAGGAAACAGAAGCCACCUUUUUCAUAUUAUAUAUAUAUAUAUAUAUAUAUAUGUGUGUUUUCACCAUUUAAGACGGGACGACCGCCGCACUCAGACACCAGAGGUGGACAAAUGAAGGCAGUUUAUUUUUUAAAAAUAUAAUUUGAUAUUCCCCUUUCUUUCAACAAAUGAGCCAUGUUUUGUUUUUGAUAUCGGCUGUGUUUACUGUGUAGCUGCAUAGAGGUUCCCCCGUUAAGGGUACCAGUUAGCUAAAGAACUGGAGCCUCCAGCCUUUUCUGCCUACAUUUCUUGGGCAGAAAAGACGUUUUAAUUCAAUAUAUUUUCGUUUCCCCUGGGUCGUGGGGCUGGCGCCGAGCCAAUAAUUGACUCUGGAGCCGGACACGGAGGAUAGUAUGGCCAUGACAGGAGGGACUGCAACCACCCUCCCGAUGAGCAACCACACCCGAGAGAGGGUGACCGUGGCCAAGCUGACGCUGGAGAACUUCUACAGCACGCUGCUCACCCAGCACGAGGAGCGCGAGAUGAGGCAGAAGAAGCUGGAGAAGGCCAUGGAUGACGAGGGUUUACCAGACGAGGAGAAAGUAAUGCGACGUUCACAGCAUGCUCGCAAGGAGACCGAGUUUUUGAGGUUGAAGAGGACGCGGCUAGGCUUGGAUGACUUUGAGUCCCUUAAAGUCAUCGGACGUGGUGCUUUUGGAGAGGUACGUUUGGUGCAAAAAAAGGACACAGGGCACAUUUACGCCAUGAAGAUUUUACGAAAAGCAGACAUGCUGGAGAAAGAGCAGGUUGCUCACAUCCGGGCAGAGAGGGAUAUUCUCGUGGAGGCAGACAGCGCAUGGGUGGUGAAGAUGUUUUACAGCUUCCAGGACAAGAGGAACCUCUACCUCAUCAUGGAAUUUCUGCCUGGAGGCGACAUGAUGACGCUCCUGAUGAAGAAGGACACCCUGUCCGAAGAGGCCACCCAGUUCUACAUCGCUGAGACGGUCCUGGCCAUCGACUCCAUCCACCAGCUGGGCUUCAUCCACAGAGAUAUCAAACCGGACAACCUGCUGCUCGACUCCAGGGGACAUGUGAAGCUGUCUGAUUUUGGCUUGUGUACUGGACUGAAGAAAGCCCACCGCACAGAAUUUUACCGAAACCUGACACACAACCCACCCAGUGACUUUUCCUUUCAAAACAUGAACUCCAAGCGGAAAGCAGAAACCUGGAAGAAGAACCGGAGACAGCUGGCUUAUUCCACGGUGGGAACGCCAGACUACAUCGCCCCCGAAGUUUUCAUACAGACAGGCUACAACAAGCUGUGUGACUGGUGGUCUUUAGGGGUCAUCAUGUACGAGAUGCUGAUUGGCUAUCCGCCGUUUUGCUCUGAGACGCCGCAGGAAACGUACAGGAAAGUGAUGAACUGGAAGGAGACCCUUGUGUUUCCCCCCGAAGUCCCGAUCUCAGAGAGAGCUAAGGACUUGAUACUGCGGUAUUGCACUGAUGCUGAGAACAGAGUUGGGGCUGGCAGUGUGGAGGAGAUCAAAAGCCAUCAGUUUUUUGAGUCCGUCGACUGGGAACACAUCAGAGAGCGUCCUGCGGCCAUCUCCAUUGAGAUAAAAAGCAUCGACGACACCUCCAAUUUUGAUGAGUUCCCGGAAUCAGACAUCCUCCAGCCAGCCAAUGCAACUGAACCUGACUUCAAGUCCAAGGAUUGGGUGUUCCUCAACUACACUUACAAACGCUUCGAGGGCCUGACUCAAAGAGGCACCAUUCCCACAUACAUGAAGCCAGGGAAGGCCUGACAGGCUCAAACAGGGAGUACAAAAAAAAGACAUUCGCGGACGUAACAGGGUCGGGCCCUCGGAGGCCCUCGCUGGUGCUGAAGGCCGAGCCGCCUCUCAGUCUACUUGUAAACCGCCCUUGCGCCACCAAGAAUUAAGCUCUGCUCUGCCGCCACUGAAGGAGUUACCACGUUACCUGUGGUCGGUUUACGUGCUAUACUGUACAUGAGCCAUGUGUAGCCUGCAGCUCUCAGGCCAGCUCAAGUCAACAAACCAUACGUGCAGGCGUCGCCUCAAAAACGACUGCGUGCCAAUCACUGCUUUGACACGUUGAUAGUUUGAACACUGGUCGUUAUAAACUAGCUCAUAUGCAAAACAAGUACUGGGUACUGAACAUACGCUGCAGUCGCACUCUGGAAGGUUUCAGCAUGAUUAGCAAUGUUUUGCCCAUCCUUGUUGGCUAUUGUGUGUUUUCUCUGAUAGUGUUCUUUGCUUUAAUGGAAGCAAGUCAUCCACUUGAGAAAAUUAAAAAAUAAGCGCCACACCUCAAAUACAUGAUGAGCUCGUCCCAAUUUACUCACAAAUGUAAAAAAAACCAACAAAGAAUCUGGGCCUGUUUUCUGGGGGGAACAUAUCCUCCUUAUUUGCUGAAAAACUGCCAAGAAACUAUAUUAAAGUGAGGGGAGGACCUUCUAUUCAAAAGACUAAAGCCCUGUCACUACAAAGUAGUGCUUUGCCAUCAGUAGACAAAAUAUAUAUAUAUAUAUAUAUAUAUAUAUAUAUAUAUUUUUUUUUUUUUUGGGGGGGUGCAUCAAUUGUGGAUUUUCGCUGUUUGCGAGGGAUUACUGUUUUAUUCUGUUUCAUGAAUGGUAAAAGGUGGAUACAAAGGGUUGAUUGUAGCUUAUGCCAUCUAGUGGAAGAACAUUUAAUUGCGCUCCCUGUCACUAUAUAUGUGUGUGUGUGUGUGUGUGUGUGUGUGUAUGUGUAUAUAUAUAUAUAUAUAUAUAUAUAUAUAUAUAUAUAUAUAUAUAUAUAUAUACAUACACACACACAGUCAAACUUAAUUUUUAGACCAAUUAAGUGAAAUUAGACAAUUUCCUACAGCACACCUGAUGAUCUCCUGUCGCACCCAGGUUGGUAAUCAAUGCCUGGUACUCUGCAGUUGUGUAACUAAUCAACCAAGGCCACUUUUUUUUCCACUUUUUGAGGAAAUAGGGUAUUUCUCACACUUGUUGAAAAUCCAAAUAAUAUGUGGUUGUACAGCAGUUGAAGAUUUGGGAUUUCAGUUGCGUCCAAGUGUAAAAAGGGUAGACUUUAGGUAUUACAGGGUAAAUAAAGUACGCUUGAAAAAAAAAACAAGAGUAGCUUUAAGGAACCAGGGAUGUCAUUCUAGUGAGUAAUUCCAUCAUUUAAUUUCCAGGUACAGGUUUAGUUUCACCUAAAAGCAGAACAAAUCAUGCUGAAAUCUUCCUCGUGCUCCAUCAGAUGACCCCAGAGAGAGAAAGUAACGUUAAUGAUCAUUCUUAACAAUAUUUCUGCCCCUUGAUUUUUUUCUUUGAAUCAGACGAGGCCUAAUCACUUCCUUCUUAGAAGUGCCUUUGCAUAUAGCUGGUAAAUAAUACUGUAUCAAUGUUAUUUGCAAUUAAUGUAAUUUUUUUUUCCAAGAGAAAAGUUGAUUUUAAGAGGGCUGUCAAAAAUAAAGGGAAUAGAUUUUAGGUCAGCUUCACAGACAAAACAACUCAUAUGAGUUAAAAACAAGCAAUAAAGUUGAUGAAACAGCGGUUUAGUGAAAUGACAGUAUUUUUUAUGGCAUAGAUAAGAAAGGAACCUCAUAAAAUGAUGUGCGUCAAAGCAAACAAUAGACAAAGAAGACGAUACAUUCAACUAGAACACAUUAACAUGGGAAACACCUUCCUAUUUAAUUUCAUUUGUCAUUUCGACGCCCCAUACUAUGAAAGAAAAAGCUUACAUUUUUUUUUUAUAUUGAAUUAACAUUUGAAUUUAUAUUUGCUCCAAGUUGCACAUCUCUGAUUUAUAAAAAAAAAAAAAAAAAGCUACCAAAGAUCACAUUAUUGUGAUGUGACCAUGAAUCAAGAUGUAGCUUAAGCUUAAUGCACUUAACCUUAAACUACCUUAAAGUAUUAAUAUAAUCCUACACAUGUCCAAAUGCUGUUAAAAUUCACUAUCUUGUUAAAAAAAUGUGCAAGACACAAGAGGUAAACAUGCUGAAGUUGUUCCCAUUUUCACCACACGAUGGUGCCAUUGCUGCAGAAGGAAUUGAGGCUAUCGUCAACUAAUUCUGUUGAAAUCAUGCAGAAGUUAGACAGUUCAGUAGAAGCAAUCGAUAUAGAUUAUGAUCUGUAUAUUUUAGCGUUAUUUAUUAUAUGUAUGUAUCUAAAUAAAAUCUUUAUCCUUGUAUUUUUAACCCAUUGGAAUAUAAUUAUUAUGCAUUUGAACCAACAGUUACAUAUUAUUUAGGGAACUAAUGUGUUUUAAAUAAACACAAAAUAGAUCCUAAAAGAUGGGAUUUAUAUUUUCAUGGGACAACACUGAAGAAAUGACACUUUGCUACAAAGCAAAAUAACUCCGCACAGCCUUUUCAUUUCUAAACUGCUUGCAACAAAAGUGCGUACACCCCUCAGUGAAACUGCUUAAAUUGGGCCCAAUGAGCCACUUUGUCUCAUUAGUGUUAAUAGGUGUCAGAUGUGAUUGGGGAGCAGGCGUGUUCAAUUAGGUGUUAUCACUCUCACACUCUCAUGCUUCUCAUCCAUCCAUCCAUUUUCUGAGCCGCUUAUCCUCACAAGGGUGCCAGCUAUUAACGGGCAGGAGGCAGGGUACACCCUGAACUGGUUGCCACCCCAUUGCUGGGCACAUAUCAGCAAACAUUUGCACUCACAUUCACACCUACGCGCAAUUAGAACUGUGAGGCAGACGCUCUAAAAAAUAGUGACGUCUCAUAAUAAAAUGGUUCUGAAAAUGUGAGGGGAGAUACUGUUAGAUGAGUUACCAUAGUAAGUAAAGGACCAAACAAGUCUUAUUUUAUGUGUUGGUGGUCACAUCAUCUGAAACAAAAAGAAAAAAACUCAUUGCAAUAAAGAGUCAGGACAAUGUUGUUGGAUUUAUUUAUGUGAUGAUGUGUUCGUAUGUUUAUUGUAGCCCAGUGAAAAGAGGUCACAGGGGAAAUGCUAGUAAUAUAUUCAUAUGGUAACGUUUUAUGUUAAUAUGACAAAAUAAAAAAAAUCUUAACUCA